CAUCGUCUCAAAGCCUUACACUGCACUAUCUUUAAUUCUCUUCUAUACCACUUCAAGAAAACAUGUGAAUAAAGUUCUUAAACCCACCGAAGAGAAGAAAACGAGCGCUAAUACGUCCGCUGUGUCUCUAUUUUCAGCGGACGGCCCCACCCAUCGAAGAAGAACUCUUUAAUUUUAAUUUUGCAGAGAGAGGUUCUCCCCUAGAAAAAGAACCGCUGUGUGGUGCUCAGUAGAUUUUCUUCUCCUCACACAGUUACUUCAAGCUUUGGGCGUCCAGAAAUGGUUAGAACUAGAGGUGGAUCAUCUUCUCGCGGUGAUGCUUCAUCUUCUCGUGGUGAGCCUUCAUCUUCAUCUCACGAUAAAAGGAGACGACCAAAACGUGUGGAUGUUAUUCAUGAGGAUGGGUCUGAGGAGCAUAACGAAAUUAUACAGCAGAGAUAUGGUGAGGACGACUAUGUUGAGCAGAAGGAUGUUGAACCGCAGGAGGAUGACUAUAGUGAGGAAGAAGAAGAAGAUGAAGAUGAUGGAUUUCUAGGAGGUCCACGUGACACCUCCUUGCUCACACAUUAUACCCAGCAUGUUGCAUUUGCCAUGUGGCAAGGCCGGGAUCGAGGGAAGAUCAAAGUGAUUUCCCAUGGUAAAAAAUUAAGACAUUUUGGAAUGUACCAUGAGGCUAUUGAGCGUUAUAUCUCCAUAUCGGGUUUGGCUUCCUUAGUCAACCUAUCGUACGAGUAUGUCGAUCAUGGAUUGAUCGUUUCCCUUGCGAAGAGGUGGCACCCAGAGACAAAUACUUUCCACCUCCGUGUAGGAGAGAUGAGUGUCACAUUAGAUGACGUUCACAAUCUGCUUCACCUACCUAUCAUGGGGCAAUUUUGUGACGUGGAGGAGUUAGAGUAUGAUGAGGCUCGAUCUCAUCUUAUGGACUUGCUUGGUGUCGAUCGUGCCAAAGCUUCAGCCGAGAUGAAACAGUCACGCGGUCCAAAAGUUAGGCUGAGCUGGCUCCGCGAGGUCUACCAAGAGUGCAUUGAGCAGGAGCUUUGGGAGUGCGCUGCUCGGGCCUACUUGUUGCAUCUACUUGGAUGCACAAUUUUUACGAAUAAGAGUGGGACAUUUAUUNAUUACAAUAUCAUUUGUUUUGGAAGCAGCUGCACUUGA